AUGGCUGAACUGGAAGAUUCGAUUUAUGAAGUUCAAGAAUAUCAGGAAUUUCAUUAUGUCUUCACAUUUUCUACUAUUCUCGCCGCGAUUCCCCUAGUUUAUAUGAGUCCUACUGUUGUGAUAAUGUUGAAAAUCUUCAAGUCGUGUCGAUCUCCAAGUCAUUGGAACAUUGCUCACUCGAUGAAUCAUAACAUUUAUGUGGUUAUCAUGCUUUACUUUUUGUUCAAUACCUUAUUCUUCAUUUCCGACUAUCUUCGUUUCUCCCUUCCAGCUACUGGAGUUUUCACUUCAUGGUGUGCUUCAAUACAACCCAAUCAUUAUUUUAAACUCAUCUUCCUUUUCACUUUUUACUUCAAUUAUUGCAUUCUGAUUCUCCCCUUUCUGCUUUGCCUCAUUCGACUCAUCAUCCUUUUUUAUCCCAGAGAUCAUCCGGCGAUCUGUUCGAAAAUCAUGAGGAUAUCCAUUCCCCUACUAUUCUUGAUUCCUGUUUUUUGCACUGGAUUCAUGAUUCCUGCAGUUGGUUAUUGUAGAAAAAUGGGAUCGCCUUUACAGUUUGGCGCAGUUUAUAUUUAUUACUCUGGCGGGUGGCUUGGUUGGAGAAAUUCUUAUAUCCAUUUGGUGAUGUCAAUCGUCAUGUGUUCGCUGACAGUACUUUGUUCUUUAUUGAUGAUGCUUAAAUUGCGACAAUCUGCAUUUAACACUACAUCAACAAGAACACGACAGCAAUCUCAGCGAGCUGAAUCUUCUUUGUCAAUAACUAUGAUUUCCUUUAUCAUUCCGUUCAUCAACAACACAUUUCUAACAGUUGUCUACCUAACUUUUCCCAGUUUUGUCUACUAUCUAAUGACCUUCCGACCAUUCGGAAAUGAUUGUGAGACUGUUAUGAUGCCAUGGAUUCUCUAUAUGACCCAUCCGAUGUUCCGAAAGAAGAAAACCAUCAGUCAAUCGUCAGCAGCAGUUUCGGCGAUACGAGGAACUAGCUCUCCAAUUUUGUGA